GUGCCCUUGCCGCUCCCCUCCUCGCGAUCCAUACAACCUUCACCCGUGGAAGGUCUGGAAGGUCGUUCGAAUCUGUGUUCCUCUACCAUCCACUCAAAAUGAGUUUGAGCAAGAAACUCGGCCUAAAAGAUCUGGAUGUCAAGGACAAACGAGUUAUUAUGAGGGUGGACUUCAACGUCCCGCUCAAGGAUGGACAUAUCACCAACAACCAAAGGAUCGUUGCCGCCAUGGAUUCGAUCAAGUAUGUUCUGGAUCACGGAGCAAAGUCCUUGGUUCUCAUGAGCCACCUCGGAAGACCUGACGGGAAAGUGGACAAAAAUUUCACUCUUGCUCCUGUAGCAGAGGAAUUGAAAAAGUUGCUUGGCAAGGACGUGAAAUUCCUGCCAGACUGUGUCGGUGCAGAGGUCGAAGCGGCAUGCGCCAAUCCAGCUCAUGGCACAGUGUUUCUGCUUGAAAACUUGCGUUUCCACGUAGAGGAAGAAGGAAAAGGUGUUGACGCGUCUGGAGCCAAGAUCAAGGCAACCCCCGAGCAGACAGAUGCAUUCCGCGCUUCCUUGACCAAGCUGGGCGAUGUGUAUGUGAAUGAUGCUUUCGGAACUGCACAUCGUGCACACAGUUCAAUGGUCGGUGUGAAGCUUGAGAAACGAGCAGCCGGAUUGCUGAUGAAAAAGGAGCUCGACUAUUUUGGCAAAGCGCUAGAGAACCCAUCGAGGCCAUUUUUGGCAAUACUGGGAGGGGCCAAAGUGAAAGACAAGAUCCAGCUCAUUGAAAACCUUCUUGACAAAGUGAACGAAAUGAUCAUAGGUGGUGGCAUGGCUUUCACAUUCCUAAAGGUUUUGAACAACAUGGAGAUUGGAAGCUCCCUGUUUGAUUCUGAUGGAGCAGCCAUCGUACCAAAGCUGAUGGAGAAAGCAAAGAAAAACAACGUGCAGAUGCACAUUCCCGUAGACUUUGUCACUGGAGACAAAUUUGCCGAGAACGCGACUGUGGGCAAAGGGGAUCUUCAAUCAGGAGUUCCAGCUGGUUGUAUGGGCCUUGACAUUGGUGAAAAGAGCACUGCCGAGUUCAAAGCUGCUGUGAAGAGAGCACAGACGAUUGUCUGGAAUGGACCAAUGGGUGUGUUUGAGUGGGACAAUUUUGCUCAUGGAACCAAAGGUGUCAUGGAUGCAGUUGUGGAAGCUACAGCAGCCGGUGCAACGACCAUCAUUGGUGGAGGCGACACAGCGACUUGCUGCGCGAAAUGGAAGACCGAGAGCAAAGUGAGUCACGUUAGCACUGGUGGUGGAGCCAGCUUGGAACUGCUCGAAGGGAAAACCCUGCCUGGUGUGGCAUAUCUCACUGACAAACGUGGCUGCCCAUUUGCAUGCCCGAUGAAGAACUGUCAAAAAUAUACGGGCGUGCUCGGCGUUCUGCUUGCCGUGGGCAUUGCGUUUCUGUUGUACAAACUCAAGAAAAAGUGAACGCAGCUGAAACAAAUCAUCGAAGUGCUGUAGCAUUUAACUCUUGUGAAGAUCUGCAUGCUUGCAAGCCUACAUCGUUGCAGAAAUAGGUGCAUAGGCAUGCACUGGAUGGCCAGUAGAGAAUGGUGUAAUUCCUUUCAUGCGUACCUUAAGAGAUUUUAGCUUUCUACCGUGACCAAAGGGGUGCAAUUCCUGUCUCCACAUUCUUACAAAAAAUAUUUUUGUGAAUUUUUUUUUUUUUUGCUAACACAGAUGCCUAUACCUGCACUGCUCUGAAAAGUAUCUGCACAAAGAGCAAUCUAGACGUGGGGAAGGUAGCUCCCAGCUAGUGAGUAUUUUGAUGUAGGAAGAUUUACAGUACUAGUCUGUUGUGAUAAAAGAAAAUGACCACUCCAGGUAGCAGUCUGCACAGAUUUUUUUGCAUCAGAAGCAAAAAAAAAAUCCAGUCCAGUGCAGAACAUUGCUACCAGCUGGUAAAUAAUAUGCACCAUUUUGGCAAUAAAUGUAUCCAUGUUGCAAACUGUGCUAACCUGCACAGAUCCCUUUGGAUAACUAGCAAAAACAAGAGGGCUCUUGUGAAACUGCUGAUAUGUGAUAUGCAACACUUUUGCGCAUGAAUAAAGAGACUCAAAGCAUA